GAGAAAAUGUGAAAAAUAUUAUUCGUUUGUAAUUAAAAAGAAGAGUUUGAUGUCCAUACACAUACUCUCUGCCAAAUAGUCAAGUAUCAUUUUAUGGACCGGGCCCCGAUAAAUAAAUUGUUUAUCAAAAGCCCUAAUAAAAGGAGUACAUUGUGUUCGCAUUCACACACGCAUGCACGCCUAUGGUUAUUUGUUUGAUAGCAACACAAAAAAAAAUUUAAAAAAAGUUUGAAAUCCAAUCAGCUUUUAUUAAAGUUUGUGGAAAUUAAACAAAAUCUUGAAGAAUAUACAGUUGUAAAACCUUAAAUGCAUUAAUUUUUUACAUUAAAUUAAAGGACAUACAAUAUUUAAUUGCAAACACUGGAACCAUGCAGAGACUAGCUGAACCACAUCAAAUGAUUGCCUAUAUGAUUGAAUUGUACCUAAUUAAAACAAGGACUAUUAAAGCUUAACACUACUUAACAAGACAUAUUUAGUUACCUUAAAAAUUAAUUCGUUAAAAAAAUUUUAAAAUUGCUGCAACGCUGUCGUUGAAGCUGAGAACAUACGUGUAAUAAAAUUUAUUUAACAUAUAAUGAAGUUACUAGAGAGUUCACGUUUCGAGGCAAUCAACAACGCACUUUCUAUACAAACAAGUGGUAUCACAAUCUUCGGUCGUAUAGAAAGUUACUCAUGCAAAAUGGUUGCAGCCGAGAAAGUGUUGUAUAAACGAUUUACAGUAGACACUCAUGGGCAUGACCUUCAGGCGCUAUCACCCCCCCAAACUUUGACUGACUUUUCGCCCAACUUUCGCCGGCACAACAGUCAAUCUGGAGAUGAAGGAAUAACUCUUUGCGACACUAUCUCCAGAAAAACAUUGUUUUACCUAAUUGCUACUUUAAACGCGUCGUUUGAGCCUGACUACGAUUUUUCCGACGCUAAGUCCCAUGAAUUUAGCAAAGAGCCUUCAUUACAAUGGGUUAUGAACUCAAUCCAUUCAAAUCUCUCCGCUUUAGCGGGAGAUCAAUACCAAGUUAUACGUCAACCUUUAUGGUCUGCCGUUGAUGACGAAGUGAACUUAUCAGAAUGUGACAUAUACAGUUAUAAUCCAGAUCUGAGUUGCGACCCUUUUGGAGAACCAGGUUGUCUGUGGUCGUUUAAUUAUUUCUUUUACAACAAAAAACUAAAACGAAUUGUGUUCUUUACCAGUCGUGCAGUGAAUUCUCUUUAUGCUGGUGAAACCUCAGACUUUUCGAUGGAAGAGGAUGUGUAUUGACGUUGGCUACAUACAACGUUAAUAUGAAGCUGUAUUUUUUUUCCUGCAAAUCCGGAUGCAAAACUGGUUAGAGAUUCCAGUAUGUGGUUCAACUGUAGCCGACUCUUACCGUAUCUUUCUUCUUAUGUGUAGUUUCUUAACGCUUAUCUGGCUAACGUUCAUAAAUAUUAUUUAAAUUUGUUUAGCGAAGUCUACUUUAUAAGAUCAGUAAAAUGUUCAAAAUAAGAAAAAUUUAUAUGAGAGCAAUAUUGUAGUAUCUUGGGUACUCUCGAAUGACUGAAUUGCUGAAAUUCGGUCAGCUGGUCGUCAACUGUUUCAUACGAAUUCAACUGGCUAAUAAUUCAGCUGUUCAGCAACCCAGACGCUGCUAAAAUUUUUGUUAAACAGCUGAAAAGCCAGGGUAAGUCGCCCUUUACUACUGAAAUUGAGAAGGUCCCAACAUGAAAGUAACCACCAAAUAUAAGGAAAGAAGAAAGUUUAUACAGUCCAUUGCUUGUUAAGGGGGUCUUCUACUUUCGAGGCAAGAAAUUGAGUGGUUAUUUAGGGAAUUAAUUUUUCUACUGCAUAGAUUUGAAAAGUUUUUUUUAUUUAAAAAUACCAGUUUUGAUUUGUAAAUUUUGUUUUUGAACUUAAAAAAAAAUGUUUCAGGACCUUGGAAUGUAUUUUUCAUAAUACAUGUUAAAACUGCAGUGGUCCCGCUUAAGCCUCGAUUGGCGAACGGGUUUGAAAUCAGAAAAUUGGUAUUCCUUAGAGUCAUAGUUACGUCGACUAUUCUUUGACAAGGCAAAUUAAAAAAAAAUUUUAUUUAGUAAUUAGCAAAAGUUAUGCAACAAUAAGAAAAAAAAUCAACUUUAAACGUAAUUUUUUUACCUGUUAGGCGCUAUAAAAAUGUAGCAAAAAAAAAAUUAAAAAAUCUUACUCGGCAAAACAUAGCGGACAAAAUCCUUUUUGCAGCGUAUUCCCAGAAUCAUACAGAUUAGAACAAAGAAAAAAAAAGAUUUUUUGAAACCUCGAGAGUAGAAGACCCCCAUAAUGAAUCCGAAAGAUAGUCUAUUUGCUGUUCCUAGGCAUUAUCCUCCAAUUGAAUCAAUUGCUAAGACAAAGUAAAACUGAGGCAAUUGACAAACCAAUUGCUGACAAUUUCCAGCAAUUCAGAGAUUCAGUCGUUUAAGGAAUACCCAAAUUGAAUAAAACAAUAAAAAUAUCAUUAGGUUAUUUA